UGGGAGCAACCAGACUCGACUGCUCCACAUGUGCAACUCAGCUGCUGCAUUAUUCAUAACCAGAGAUGCUGCUUCGGUGAGCAGACCGGUAAUAGGACGGGAGAGACGUGUAGGGGGUCAAUUGGAAACAGUCUGAAUGAUACAGGAACAGGAAGUGGUGAAGAGAGUGAGGUACCUGGUAAAACAUGAGACUUGUCUGUUCCUCUCUCCCUACACUGCCUGCAAAUCAUCUCAGCCUUUCCAAACAUAGGUUCAUCAGGCGUUGCUAUGUAUUUAACUUAAAUCUGGAGGAACUAUCUUCAGCCCCGUCCUGCCUGGCACCUGUGUGACCUUUUGGAGGCGCAAUGACAGAGAACGGUGCGAGGACUGGUAAUGGUACCGCAAAAAAGGGAGAGGAACUUAAAAUUGUGAUUGUUGGAGAUGGAGGCUGUGGGAAAACAUCUCUUCUGAUGGUUUAUGCUAAAGGUGAUUUUCCAGAGAAAUAUGCGCCUUCAGUGUUCGAAAAAUACGUUACCACUAUCUCUCUUGGAGGAAAAGAGAUAAAACUCAACCUGUAUGACACAGCCGGACAGGAUGACUAUGACAGACUGCGGCCACUUUCAUACCAAGAGGCCAACCUCAUUCUCGUCUGCUUUGAUGUGACCAACCCCACCAGCUUUGAAAAUGUCCUUAUAAAGUGGCACCCAGAGGUGAAGCACUUCUGCCGGGACACACCGGUCAUCCUGAUUGGCUGCAAAACUGACCUCAGGAAGGAUAAAGAAUGCACAAGGAAACUGAGAGCCAUGAGUCUGGCUCCCAUCACGUACACACAAGGUGAGGAGACCCGGCAGCACAUGAAUGCAGACCUCUACCUCGAGUGUUCAGCAAAGUAUCAGGAGAACGUGGAAGACGUUUUCAGGGAGGCCACCAAAAGAGCUUUGGCCUUCAGUCGAAAACAAAAGAACAGUAAGAAGAAGAAGAAAUGUGUGAUCUUGUGAGGUCAAAAGGUCACCAGCUUGAGGACCCCACUCUCCUGCGGGUGAGUACAACUGGGGAUGGCUUCCUGUUUCAUAGUCAGCGUGGUUGGACGUUCAGAUGCCGAAGAUGCUCGGUGUCGCAGACAGAUGCGGAAACAGUUGGUUUACUCCCUGGAAAUCUGGGCCCCCACUGAAUCAACGUCUGCCUUUACCAUCAAAACAAGUAAUGACGCAACGGGAAAGACAAUUUUGCAAGAAGAUGCUUUGUGGAGAUUUUCUGAAGUUGUAUCUGACUUGAAAUACCUUUGGUUAAUGUAUUUUUACAUUUAUAUAAGAAUGUAACUUUUAUAUAUAUAUAUUUUUUCUAAUACAAAACUUUGUACUGUUUGCAAACCAGUGUGUUUCCUUGAAAAGUAUAUUUAUUUGGUAUGUUCUUGUAAUGUCAACUUGGAUUUUUCCAAAGUUUUUUUUUUAAUAUCGUCAAUUUAAAUCAUCUGGUUCAAAAUCUGCUGGCAGAAAACAAACACCCUGACAAAAUAACUGGUAGCUGAACUUGAUAAACAACUAACAGGGUGAGUUCAUUACCAGUGAAACAAAACACUGGGCUAUAAUUUCUUUUGAGGCUGUGUCAGCUCAAGCAGGACUCUUAUCUUUAACAAGAGCGCCCACUGGUGUUGGAAAACCUGAAUGUGUCCCAGAGUACACAGAGGACAGGGCAUUGAAAUAAAUACAAUUACUUUAUGUCUCAGUGCACAAGAAACACAGAAGUAGCUACAAUUUUUAAUUAGGUGUUUAAUCAUUAUUAUUAUUAUUAUUUUUUUUACAACAAUGUUCACAGAUACAGAAAUUGUCAAUUGUCUCUUGUUACUGAGCGUAUUCAGGCACCAGUUGCAGUCUUGAAAUGACAGAUGAAAACGUUGAAAUGUUGUUUAACAUCAGCUACAUCAUAAAAAUGAGGAAAUCAAGUUGUUUUGUGCAUUUUGGCAGCUCUCGCAUCAAAUUUUGGUAACAUUUUGGUCUGUAACUCAACAUGAUUCAAUUUUCCCCUCAAAAAAAAGUCAUAAAUACUGUUUCUUUUGCAUUGUGAGUGAAAAAAAUGAAAGAAAUGUCAUGUAACUGUCUUUGGAUUUUUUCAAAAAUAAAAAGGAGCAGGA